UUAUUUCUAAACGUCAAGUUCCGCAAAGGUUAUUUUAUUUUCAUCUAAAAUAUUUUAAUUUAAAAUUGAACUGAUUCUAUAUUGUCUUGUAUAUUUUCGUUAGAAGAUAAUUAAUAAUGUCUCCACUAUCUGGCCCACCGGUGGAGUUGGGCGAAAAACACGCGGAAUUAGUGGUUAAAUUUGUUGCAAACAUCAGAAACAGUAAGCCAGAUUCUAGAAAUGUGGCUCUUGCCACCAUCACCCUACUGGAGCAGAUCAUCAGCGACUCCAACUCUGCUACAGCUUAUGAGCUGUGCACGCUGGUGCGCGGCGUGGGGCGCGCGGUGGGGCGCGCGCUGCCGCAGCAGCUGGUGGCGGGCAACAUCGUGCGCCGCGUGCUGCGCGCCGUGAGGGACGAGUACCGCAACCAGGCUGACCAGUCAGUGGAAGGCGCGACGUCCUCGCUGCAGCGGCUAGUCCUCGGGGCGGGGGCGCGCCGCGCCACGCUGCCGCGCUCUGCCCCAGAGCUAGACAACCUGAGGGACCAUAUCGCAGAGCUGCGCCUAGAGCUCGAGACAUCAUCCAGCGCGAUCAGCCAGCAGGCGCGGCAGCACGCGCACACCGACGAGCUGAUCCUGACCUACGGGGCUUCGGACCUGGCCGAGCGCUGGCUCAAGCAAGCCAAUAGCAGACGGUAUCGCCUCAUUCUUGCCGAGAGCAGUGACGUCAGAGGGAGCGCGGCGAUGGCGGCGCGGCUGAGCGCGGCGGGCGUGCCGGUCACGCUGGUCAACAGCGCCUCCGUCACCGGACUCAUGUCGCGCGUCAAUAAGGUGGUGCUAGGCGUGUCGGCGGUGCUGGCGGGCGGCGCGGCGCGGGCCGCCGCGGGCGCGCACGCAGUCACUCUGGCGGCUAAGCAUUAUAGUGUGCCUGUAAUAGCGCUAGCCCCGCUGUACAAGCUGUCGCCGCUGCACGCCUGCAGCCAGACCCCGGCCGCCGCGCUCGCCUCGCCCCACCGCGCCCUGUCGUACGAGUACGCUGAGAGCGCGGUGUGCCGGCCCUACGCGCCGCUGCACGAUAGCAUCCCGCCCGACCACAUCACCCUGUUUAUAACCAAUCUUGGGGGCAGCUCGCCAUCGUACAUCUACCGUCUCCUGUCGGAACUUUACGAUCCCAACGACUACGAGUUGUAAACUACAGCCGAUUACAAGUUUUUAACUGAUCGAGCAGUGAAAAGUAAACGCAUAGUUGUAUGUCGCCACCUAGCGGUACACGCGCGUACUAACUUCGCGCCAUGCAAAUUUGUAUUUACUUUUCAUUGCUUAGCCCACAGGCACGGCAAACGGAAAAUGUAUUCGCUAUAAGACAAUAUAAUAUGUAAUAUUGUACUGUAUAUAGUAUUAAGAUUAUAAAAAUAAACAGUCUUUUGUUAAAUCACUGAA